CUCAGAUUCUCGCCACAAAAAAAAUCUAAAUCUAUUCACGAAUAUCAUAAAUCCAAUCAUAAAUAUCACGAUAAGCUCGUGAUCAGUCCAAAUGGGCCAGUUCUGCAGUAUCUGCUAGUUCACAUCAGCCAUGACCGGAUUUGCUCAAAUACCAUUUAUAGUAAUUUAGGAUCUUAUCCAAAAAAUCUAGCUAGAAGGUGUUAUUUAAAUUUUUUGAUUCUAUAUAAAUAUUCAAGAUUUAUCUAAUGCAUCAUCAAUGCCGGACUAAACAUAUGUUUGCAGGUCCGCACACCUUAUAAGUUCCUUCAUAGCCUCCUUCACGUAGCACAUAUUGGGGCCAUGGACGGGCAGAAGCCUCAAAGAGAAGAGAAAGAAGCCAAUCUGGAAUCAAAUGAUGACAACGGGAUCAUCCCACUGCCUUUACCUCCAUCCUGCACCUCUUCCCCUUCCCAUGAAUUCUCCUUCACAAUAUCUCUCCACCCUUCUUUCAUGCCAUCACCAAAACUCAUCAAAUGCAACGAGGCCACACCAUCCAUCGCAGUCGACAUGGCCCCGGCAGAUGACGUCUUCUUCCAUGACCACCUCCUUCCCUUCCAUUUCCCCUCCCACCCCCCCAUCUCACCCCGGGCUUCUGACAUCUGCAUAGAAAACCUUAGCCUUCCUCUUGAGAACCUCCGCAGCGAUGGAAGCCUAAAAUACCACAACCUCUAUAACCACAACAAUCCCGACACCGGCGAGACCAGGGAAAGAACGAAAUUCGAGUCCUUCUCUUCCUUUUUCGGUCUUGGAAAGUGGAGGAAGGCGAGUGAUAUAGGAGAAAAAGAAGAGAACAAGAAGAUGAAGAAGAAAGGAUUCGACAUGAGCCGUUUCCUGAAGAAGUAUGCGAGAAUGGUGAAACCUUUUUCAUUCUUCAAGAGGGAGAGUAGCAAGCGUGACCUUCAUCAUAAACCUUAUUCCUUCUCAGGCCGUCCAAACCCAAAGGAGAAGGUUGGAUGGAGAAGAAGAAGAGGUGAAUUCUCUGCACCAGACUCCAUGAGAACAUCUCCCACGAACAGCGGCCUCCUCUCAGCUACCUCGAUGCCCUUCAAUUCUUCGGAUGAGAGCACGAUGGAAGAGCUCCAGAGUGCAAUCCAGGCAGCCAUAGCGCACUGUAAGAAUUCUACUGCAACGGAGGAGAAAUGUAAGUCAUGAGAUUACAAGGAAAAUAGAAAAAGGAGUUACCUUCUUGCUCCGUUUCAUUAUGUGUAAAAGCUUGAGUACAUGAAUUACGAGAGAAGACUUCUAGAAGUUGUAGAGAAAGAAAUAGGCUUGAAUUUAUUAAUUUGAUAGAGCAUCUACAU